CUUUCUCUCUCUCUCCCUCCAUUAAUGUUGAAGCAGGCUUCCUUACUGAUAAAACAAUCUCUCUCCCUUUGCUUCUUCGCUUCCUCUUCUCUUUUUCUUCGCUUCCUCGGCUUCCCCUUUAGGCAAAGCAAAUCAUCUCCGUCCGACAAUGGCCUUACACUGCAAAAUCACCUCUUCACUCUGCACUUGACCUCUCUUCUUCAACCCUCACUUCAGCCAUCUCCGAAUGCCCUACUCUUCUCGCUCUCUCUCAAGACCCCUCCUCUCUUGCAGCCCACCCACCACGGCCCUUGCUUCCAUGCCUUCGCAUUCAAAACAGCGAGCCCGACAGCCUCGGACUCGGCCCGGAUCGUUCGGAAAGUUUUCCUCUUCCUGCCCAAGGUCGAUCCGGCCGACGGUCACGCCCAGAUUAAGGAAGUGAAGUUCGUGAAGAGCAGUGGGAGGGCCAAGGAUUGUCCCGAAAUGGGAGGCCCGAGUUUGCAAUUAUGGGUCCGUCUAAUGGGGGCAAGUCUUGGCAUAUCAAUGCUCUGGUUCAGAGGAAGAAGGAAGUUACAGUUAAAUCCAAGAAACCAGGCAAGAGAGCUUAUAAAUCACUUCUUGGUGAACAAGAGUUGGUACGUUGAGGAUUUGCUGGGUUACGGGUGAGCUUUAAGCAUCUGGCUUUUGGCUUGCUUAAAUUUUUCAGCUGUGUGGCGGCUUAUAAAUGCAAAAAAAAAUCGCAGAAUGUGAGCUAAUAUGUAAGUUUUGUUUCUGGGAAUGCUGCAACUAAUCGAGUGAGGUAAGUCGAUUCAAAGCUGUUAGAGUGGGAAACUGGAAAAUCGUUGGAUCACAACUUGUUGACGAGCCUUCAAAACUUGAUUAAUUGCGCUCAAAUGGUUUAAGCAUUUUUUACCUGUCACUUUGGAUAUGCCAAGGUAGUAAUUCUUUCAGCUAACAUGUAGAGGCUGGAAAUUCCGUCUCCAACUUAAGGUCUUUCUGUUCCUCACGUAGUGGACCCUUUGACAAGCGGCAAAGGAUUAGUUUCCGUCUUUCGAUAUAAAUCGUGAAGUGGAAGAAGUAAAUUUUUACAUGCUUUGUCUUCA